CUUUUAUCUAACCAGAUUGUAUGUCUUAUUAAAAGAUGGAGGAUCAUCAAAGGACGAUAUUUUGUGAUCUUCUGCUGCAUUUCUUGUUACUCUCUCCUUUUCUAGCCUUGUUAUGUGUCUUAUUAGACAGAUAAUGAAUGGAUUUACAUACUGAGUAAAGAUCUUCCUUUCUUUUCCUGUUAGUCCUCUAAAUCGUAUGAUGGGUGCUGUUUAUGGCAUGAAUCAGAAAACAUAAAGCACAAUUAUUCGCAUCAAUCUUGGCUGUUGUUAAUCUGCUAAUAGUGGUGUUGUAUGGUGAUUAAUGGCUGAGUAUUAUGACUACGAGCUAUACUAACAAUACUGCGAAACCAUAAGUCACUUGGGAAGACUUUUAACCUCACCUGAGACAUUUUCAUUAAAGGCGUAAAAAUGAGAGAAUCAAAUGGAAGAUGUUUCCCUGGUACCCCAUUCAUUUUUGAAGUGACUUAUGAGGGCUAAUGAGAAAUGCCAAAAGUUUUUGGCAGUAUCACAGGACAGCGCAAAUGAACCAUCUAGGAAGGACCGCAACUACAAAGGGCAAGAAGUACUGAAAAAAUUUUGAAGUUUAAAGAUACUUCCUAUAAGACACGUUAAGGAUUCCAUUUUUCUGCCAAAAGAAACACACCACCCCAUCAAUCAUCAACUUCCAAGUUCCAAAAUGCAGACUUUUCUUCUUAUUUGGAUUCUCUUAAGCCUUAUGGCCCUUGUCAUUCCGCUCCAUUCAAUUCCGACGCCUCCUCUCUUCAAGAAACGCCACUCUUUUCACCAAGAGGCCAUCACUUCUCAGCCCCAACAGUACUUGGAAGUCACCCGACCCCUCCCAUUUGACAGCCUCAACGCAUCAUGCACCCUCCCUGUUCUCACUCACAAUUUCAGCAACACAUAUGGUCGUCCCCCUGUCUCGAUGCGCUACUCCCCGCCUCUCAACUGCAGAUGGACAAAUGUUGUUCUGGAGAUCCAAAUUUCUUGCCAGGGGGAACAGUAUGAUCGAAUUGCCGCAGUCUGGCUCAGUGGUGCCGAGCUGAUCCGCACCAGCACAGCUGAGCCGAACCAGGAAGGGAUUUUCUGGGUUGUACGUAAAGAUGUCACGAGGUAUUCCUCUCUGUUAGCUCAGGACAACUUGACACUCUCAAUGAUGCUUGAGAACAUUGUUCAUGGUUAUUGGACUGGGGUUUAUCAAGUUAACAUUACAUUCCAUUAUUACGAUACUUCCCCUCCCAUCACUCCUGCUCCAGCCCCUGCCCCUGAUCCUGUUGGUCCUUUGCUUGCUCUACGUGGCGAGGACGAAAAUUACUACAAAAAUAGUAAGAAAUUGAAGUCUAAGGAGUACCCUUUAGAAUUGGAGGUGAAUGAUGAAAAGGGUACCUUCGAUUCAUAUGAAAGACCAGCAGACUUAAUUGUUCCGGUUUCUUCCAAUGGCAUUGGUGGUUUUUGGUUUAGGAUUCAAAACGAAUCGGACAUUCACUCUAAAGGGGUUGAAAUCCCUCGAAAUACUUAUAGAGCUGUGAUUGAGGUUUAUUCUUCAGCUCAUGGGGAUGAUGAGUUUUGGUACUCCAAUCCUCCUGAUGGUUACUCAUGGAGAACAGGAGAAACUGAAGCUGAGUCAAAGCAUGGUCAUGGUGCACAUCGUGAAGUAUUGGUGAAGAUUGAUGGGGCUCUUGUGGGAUCAGUUGUACCCUUUCCAGUUAUAUAUGCCGGAGGAAUCAGCCCCGACCUGUGGGCGCCUGUUGUAGGCAUCGGAGCAUUUGAUCUUCCUUCGUAUGAUCUUGAGUUGACACCCUUUUUAAGCCUGCUUCUUGACGGAAGGGCACAUUCUUUUUCGUUUGAAGUUGCCGAUGGCAACUCAUUUUGGCUUGUUGAUGCGAACUUGCACCUCUGGUUGGAUGCCAGUGUGAAGCAAGUGCUGGCGGGAAUAGAUUCCAAUGUGCCGGAGUUUUCUUUGGAACAUAAAUCCAAGUUUGAUGCACUUGCAAGAAAAUUCGAAAUUCAGGGCGAGAGGACGAUGAAGGUUUCAGGGUGGAUGAUCAUGGCUACUGGCUAUUUCACAACCUCAUUUGAGCAGAAACUGAAGUUGGAGAACACUGUAAAGUUUUACAACAAUGGUAGCAGCAAAUUGGUGGAGCAGAAAGUCAAGGACAAGAGUGUAUUCAGUAUUAAAUCCGGGAAUAAGGCGGUAAUAUUUUAUACCAGUACUAAAAGAGAGUUCCCUUUGAAAUGGAACACUGUAACUUUUGCAGGAGUGGAUGAGAAGUCUUCUGGGGAGACAGUGGAAACAACCAUUAUGGAGAAGAAGACAUUAGGCGAUUUGUGGAGCAUUCGGACAAACAGACAGGAAUGCAGUGCGUGGACGUUUGGGAAUGAUCUUGGUGUGUUUUCUCAUAAAGCAUUUACUCAUCAGAAUUACAGUUUCAUGGAUGGAUCAAAUUGCUACUCCCGAAUGGUUGUUGCGGAGAACGGAUCCCUUCUUGGUGAUACUACAAGCUCGUUGUGCUUAAAAUCCAUGUGAUGCUGCAUUAAUUUGGUUCUUUUGUUUUAGUGUUUGGGUUUCCUGAAAUGCAAUUUACUAUUCUGCUGAGUGCUCGAUAUUUUACUGUGAAUCUAGUCCAUUGGAAUUAAAUAUGGUUUCAUGGCUUUUCGUUUUUGGUUGCUGAUGCUACUUGUAUAAUCUGUGUCGAUUUAUCAUUAUUACAUCCAUUCGCCUAGG